AUGAAUAAAUUAACAGCAGGACUAGAUAAAUCUAUAAAAGAUCAGAUUGGUAAUUAUCAGGCAGAAAGAAGACUAGAAAUCUAUCAAGAUAAUGACAAACAUAAUAGAAUACCAGAUGCAUUUAAAAAAGGAGCAGAAGAUCGUGAGGCUGUUCAAAAGGCGGAUCAGAUGAUAGAUGAUUUGAAAAAUGGCGGUGAAGCUGGAUUGCCUCAUUUGGGCCCGCUAAGUGAGGAAGCAGGACGACCAAUUAAAGUUCUAGAUGAGAAUGGAAAAGUUAUACGCGUUAUCGGUGGAGAUAAAGGUGGUACACCGAUAGAAGUAGAGUAUCAUAAGCCCAGUGUCGACAAUCCACAAGGCCAUUGGACAUUACCAGGAGGCAUUGAACCAGUAGUAACUAAUACUGGAAAGAAUAAUUGCUUGUUUAAUGUUAUUGCAGAACAAACAGGAAAAGAUCCGAAUCAAUUAAGAGUAAAUACAGCUAGUCGAAUGGAAAAUGAUAAAGUACACCUGGCUAAUCAAGCUCGUGAUAUUAAACGAUUGGAGAAGUAUAAGAAAGAUGCAUUAACAAUGGGAGGAGUGGAAAAAGGAGCAAAACUAAAUCCUUCUGAACUUCGUCUUUCGCAAACUAGUAUUCGCUCUAAGACAAGAGAUGGAACUCCCAUUGAACAAUUGGCAGAAGAUAUAAAAAAAGGUGGUUUUAAAGGCAAGGGUGCUAUUAAUGUAGUAAGAAUGCCAGACGGUAAACUUACUGCACUGGAUAAUCGACGAGUUGCAGCGACUGAUGCAGCUGAAGUGCCAAUAAUAGCAGAUAUUUAUGAGCAUGAUGAGAUGCUACCUGAAGAUCUACAAGGGUGUUAUAAGAUGGAAACGGCACAAUCUGCCGUUCUGAAAAGAAUGAAAAACACGGACCCUACAAAAUACGGAUAUACACAAAAUGAAGUUAAAGUAAGAGGUAAAGGGCUUUCCGUAAAUGAUUUCGUAAGGAAUACACGAGAGUCCUUUCAAAAGAAGUCUAAUCAAUUAUAA